AUUAGGUUUAUGUCAAAAAGCUAGGAAAAAGAUCGAACGUUGGUAGGUGGGAAAGCGAUAGGAGGAGGAACGGCAGGAUGCGGGGUUGUCCACCUGAUGACCUUGCCGUUGAAAAAAUCCUGGAAUGGCCGGCAGCGAGCUCGGAACUGGCGGUGUGAGCCAUCUGCGAGCCAGUUCAGUCGUAGAACCCGCGAGACUAGGACUAAUCCUAAUAAACGCCGACGUCGUCACUGAACUCGGAUAAACGAGCACACGACGAGUUCUUAACUAUACUUUUGCAGUCUUAUAGUCUUUCAGUUAAUCGAGAAAUUACGGUUCGAUGAGUCGUUUGCCGAUCCCCAUGAGGUGAGAUCAACUCUUACGAAUACCGAGAGAAAGAAAGAGAGAGAGAGAGAGAGAGAGAACCAGAUCCAAAGUUGAAGAAGAACGUCACGUGAGAGUAAAACGAGAAAUAAAAAGAAAUGGGACUAACACCGAUCUGUAUCUUAUUAUUGCAACUGUCAUCCGGUAUCGCACACUCGUAUCAAGAAACAGAUUUCGAUGGUUGGUAUCAACCGGUUGCACGUCGACCAGUCGACGUUGUUACCGAUAUUGUCAACGAUCUGGGGGUGAGGAUACUUCAACAAUACAAUAAUAUUGGAAAUGUUGCAUUUUCACCGAUCGGAGUUGCAUUCGUUCUUGCUGCACUUUACGAAGGAUCGGCUGGCGGUGGAAGUCGUCAGAUAACAGAUGCAUUGGCUCUGCCACACGAUCGAGAUAUCACAAGAAUUGGUUUUCGUGAUAUUCAUCGUCGACUAAGAACUUACCUGAACGCCGACGGUUUUUUGGGUGGUUUAACGUUAAACAAAGAAAAUACGAAACUUCGAACAGAAUACGAAGAUAUCUUACGAUUUUACGGAUUCAAUUUAUCCGACACAGAUGAUAAAGAAUUAAACGAUACGACGACAACGUUUGCACCAAUUACCGAAUCUACAAAUGCACCUAUCACCGAAUCAGAGGAUUCGACUAAACCAACAACAAUUAUAAUCGACGUUAGUCAACCCUCAGUUUCCCCUACAGUUAUCACAGAGUCUACAGAGUUACCCGUAACUUCAACGAUAUCUCCUAUGACCGAAACAUUUGGAACUACGAUCGAUGAGAAAAUGGUAUCGGACAGUCUAACGCAAUUAUCUAAUAUUACUACUACUACGAUUUCCAACGUGACCGAGGCUAAUACCUUUCCAACAACUGCAUCCGACGUUAAUAUGGAAACUAUGUCUCCAAAUUCGCCAGUUUCUACACAAAUGCCGGCUGUUACAAUGCCGUCGGAGACAAUGCAAAGUACAAAGAUGGUCGGCCAAACAACUAUCGGAGCUACUAGUACAAUCAUAUCGAAUAUUCCUGAUACAACUACAACGAUGACGACGACGACAAUGAUGAUAGGUGACUCUCAGACAACGGUUAACACUGCUACUACGAAUUCAAUGGAAAAUGUGGGAAACACGAUGACGCCAACGAGUACGUUAACUGUUACUACGAUAAUUGCACCAGUAACAUCUUUGGAUAUGCAAGGUAGUUCAAUGGAUUCGACCGGUGGUCAGACCGAGGCAAUGACCUUGCCUAUGGAUAUAUCGUCGACACCGAUCCAAACUAACAUAACAACGACUUCGGUUUCCGACUUAACGGCAAGCAUGCCGAGUAAUCUCGAGGUCGUAACUCCCACCGAGGAAAGUACCGUUUCGACAAAUCAGCCGACAACGGGUGGACCAAUUACCAUGCUCGGUAUUGUGGACCUUGGAACUACGAAUUCUAUGAUGAACCAGGAUGGACAACAAGGUACUACCACUGUUCCAGUUACCUUACCAGAUGCCUCGGGGAAUCGGCUUCGCAAACGAAAUACUAGAAAUUCCCGAGGCUACUUCUCCAGUUAUCCAGACGAGGGUAUUUGGAUGCAGGAUCUUGGCAUUUGGAAAACCAAUCCGAUCGUCAAAAACGAAGCUUCCGUUAGGGAUUCCACCGAAAUAUCAUUUCUGGUGAACGGUUGCGACGUGUCCUCGGUAAUGGCCACCAGAUACGUUGCGGUUCUACCUUUUGCGUACUUUCCAUCGUUGCAAGCUGUUGCUGUUGAAUUUCCCUUGGACGAUCCGAGAUACAACAUUCUUCUUCUUAUGCCAACGGAUAGAACAGAUACGCAUCGUCUUGCGAGAAAUCUCGGCGGGAAGUCAUUGAGAUGGUUACGGAAGCAAUUGCAACCAGCUUGGGUCAGGGCCACCAUACCUUCCUUCAUGCUACGGGGUUUUGUCACCCUUACGCCUUUCCUUCAAAGACUUGGAAUAACAGAUGUUUUCGAGCCAAGAGUAGCCGACUUGUCACCGAUGACUCCGGAUUUGGGUGUCUACGUUAGAGACGUUCAACAAAGCAUAGGUGUUAAUAUAAGGAAUUACAUGAAACCGGACAGGACCCACUCUCGAAAUGGUUUAUUCGAACGUGCCGGACCAGUGCCUUUCACAGUCGUUCAUCCGUUUCUUUAUUUUAUCAUCGAUACUGAAACAUCGGUAACAUUGAUUGCCGGUAAAGUGGAUGAUCCUCUUAAUUCAAGAAUCAUUUAGAAUUAACAUCGAUAAUUAAUUAAUUAAUUUCAACGGGAAUUAGAUACGAUGAUCAUUCGAUAAUGAUUAAACGAGUAUGUUCGAGUAAAUGAACAAACGAAAUGAAAUGAAAAACUUUCCAAAGUAAUA